AUGGCGAUUGGAGCACUUUUGUCCCAAGACCUCGGCAAUGACCAUCUAUGCCCGAUUCACUACAUCAGCCGAGGGUUCAGAGACGCGGAGUUCAAAUAUUCAAAAGCAGAGCAAGCAUGUCUAGCGCUCAUAUAUGCCACGCAAAAAUUACGAUCUUAUCUGAUCGCUUAUGAAACCAUAGUGGUAGCAACUGCCAACCCGAUUGCUUAUUUGGAAACAAAAUCGGUGUUAUCCGGCAGGACAACCCGCUGGUUACUAAAACUAUCUGAAUUUGAGUUAAAAUAUCAGCGGUCUAAGGGGGUACGCGGGCAAGCAUUUGCAGAUUUAUUGGCCGCAUUCCCAGGUAUGGAUAUGACGGAAAUAAGCAAUGAAAUACCCGGAGAAGUUGCAGAGGUCGAGGAAGAAGAAAGCUGGACAAUGUUUUUUGAUGGUUCAUCAUAUGGAUCUUACGGAGGAGCGGGGAUGGUAUUCGAGAUGCCCAAGAAAGAAUUGUUGUCAUUUGCUUUCAAGCUAGACUUUGAAUGUAGAAAUAAUAUGGCGGAGUACGAGGCACUGAUUCUCAGACUACGAAUGGCUGAAGAGCUAAAUUUAGGGGCGAUCGACAUCAAGGGGGACUCGAAGCUAGUUACGAACCAAAUAUCGAGUGAUUUCCAAGUAAAAGAGGCGCAUUUGGCACCAUACCGAGAGGAAGCCCAAUAA